AUGGUGAGGAAGUUGGCCACCAUCAGCCAUAAAGCUCAUGGUCAGGUGAAGCAUGAAGCGGAUCUGGAUCAAGCUCUUGAAGUUGCGGGUUUAGGUUGUCACAACCUAUGGAGCUGCUUUGUACUGACCCUGGUAUCCAUAUCAACCGCUCUGGACCAGAUGGGAUACGCUGUAGUUUUGCCACCCGCCGCCUGUGAACUACAAAUAUCUGAUCAAGCUAGAGGAUUUAUUAUUGCUAUGCCUUAUAUCGGCGUUCUUCUAUCUUCCCACGCGUGGGGUUACCUGGUGGACACACAAGGGCGCAAAAAGACGGUCAUUUUUAGCACUCUUGGCAACGGAUUGUUUGGUGCUGGGGCGGCAUUUAUGCCGAAUCUAACUUCUUUCAUCAUAUGUAAGGGGUUUUCAGCUCUUUGUCUGGCGGGUCCAGCCUCAAUCCCGUACACGUACAUCAGCGAGAUAGUCCCGCCGAAGUACCGAGACAUAAUGCUGUCUCUCAUGAACUCUGUCAUGUUGGUCGGAACAGUUCUUGCUACACCAUUCGCUUGGGCAAUACUACCGCAAGAAUUCGCGAUUGACUUCGGCGCUUACAUCUUCCGGCCAUGGCGUCUUCUGACUAUAGCAUGUUCGAUCCCGUUAUUAAUAUCAUCCAUUUUAUUAAUUUUUAACCCUGAGAGUCCGAAGUAUUUAAUCACGCAGGACAAACAUGAGGAAGCUCUCCAAGUUUUAAGGAACAUGUAUGCUGUUAAUAAACGUAGGAGCCCUGAGGAUUAUCCUAUUAGUAGGCUAACAAAUAUCUCGUUGCCCAAUGAAAAGGAGAGCUUGUUUACAUCCAUCAAGUCACACACUCUACCUUUACUUAAAUGGACGUACUCGAAAUGGAUGCUUCUCAAUGCGUUUUUGUUAUUCGGCACUUUUAAUGUAUUGAACGGCCUUUACAUUUGGGUGCCAGAAGUAGUGAACAGGGUGUUUUCUGGUGGUGAAGAUAACGGCAGAACUCCGUGUCAAGUUAUAACCCAGGGGCUCAAUCAAACAAUGGCUGGCGAGCAAUGCAACAACGCCUUAGAAGACAGAACUCUUAUGAUAAGCACAAUUGCUCAAACGAGUUUGGCGCUGUUUGUGAUGAUUGUGAGCUGUGUUAUUAAAUUCAUGUCAAAGAAGACAAUGAUUAUCAUUUGCUUUUGGGUUAUAGGUUUGGCCUGCAUCCUCGUCAAUUUCAUUACAAACCAGAUUGUGUUUGCUAUUAUUUUGUCAGCUUUGAUAAUUACUAUACUUAACGUGGGAUGUGUUAACGCGUACACCGUGGAUCUCAUCCCUACACAUUUAAGGGGUAUGGCGGUAACUGUGUCCAUGACGCUGGGUAUGACGGGUUCCAUCGCCGGCAGCACCAUGGCUGGAUACAUGAUCAAAGACGCUUGCGAACCUAUGUUCUAUACAUUUGGCGGAUUAUUAAUACUAUGCGGUGGACUCUCAUUUUUGUUACCAAGUUCAAGGAAUUUGAAGAAUUAG